AUGCUUCAGCUUCAGGGCCUUGGCGCCAUGGGCCAGCAGUCAGGGAAUGUUCACAGAGAUUUGCUCAGGAAAUGCUUCACCCAUCUGCAAGCACCUGCCCCAUACAAGCUCACAUGCCAGAUGGCCAUGAAAGUGGCUGGUGAGAAGUGCCUCACAGAAUGUGAUUGUUUUGUUCUUUUGCUCCACCAAUGGGUGGAAUCGCUCCAGCAGGGGGAAUUGUUGGUCAAUCUGACAUGCACUGACAAUGACCUCAUCCUUUUCUGGGAGAGCCAGAAAAAGAACCCUCAGAUGACACAACAGCUCUGGAGAUCAUUGGACUUUGAUCGACCAGAAAGUCUCCCCAUUCCAUGGUGUUUGCAUGGUGAUGGAGCACCCUUCACAGAGACUGAUUCCAUACAAGUCCUUUCCUUUAGAUGCCUUUUGACAUCAAUGCCUGUGGGAGACAGCCAGCUCCUUCUAGCUGCAAUACCAAAAGCAGCAGUCAGCAAGGAAACAUUCAACACCAUCAUGGAAUGCAUGGCUUGGUCCUUCACUUCGCUCUAUGAAGGCAAAGCACCAAAGAAGAACCAUUCUGGAGUGCCCAUGGAUGGAGUGAAGGGCAGACCCCUGAGAAGGGGAGUUUUGUGGGCAAUCACUGGUGACCUGGAAUGGUUCGCAUCAGAAUUUGGCUUCCCAUACAGCUCAAACAAUAUGAUUUGUGCAUACUGCUUGGCAGACCAGAAGAAGACAGGCAGUGAAAGGCCUUUUACAGACUGCAGGCCAACCGCUGCUUGGAGGUCCUCCAUCCUCUCCCCAAAACUCCUGCAAAAGGAAUAUGGCACCCACCCACUCUUCAAGGUGCCAGCUUGCUCACCUCUGGCAAUCAAAUUGGACAUUUUACAUGUUCUCGACCUGGGUGUUGCUGCUUACCUGCAUGGGAGCGUCCUCAUUGACAUCAUGGACAAACUUGGAGGGACCUCUAGAAGCUUGGACACCUUCUUUGCUUUGGGCUGGACAGCCCUAGUUGCAUGUAGGCUGGCUGGACAGCCUCCCAUGUUGCAUGUGGGCUGGACAGCCCUGGCUAGAUCUAUGGGCUGGACAGCCCUAGGCCCUAGUCACUCUGAAAGCCCAGGAGAAGCCAAGAUGCAGCUUCUGAACAAGAAGAUUGCUGAGAUGUAUGGCAAGUUGGGCAUAGAAGCUGCCAAAAGAAUCAAGCACCUGACCCUCAAUGAUGUGGCAUCAUCUGCAGAGGAGUACCCUGUGCUCAAGCACAUCAAGGGGAACAAGAUUCGACACUUCGCCCCAGUGGCUUUGGAGCUGAGUAAGCUCCAUGCAGAUGACAGGGCAGAGAAACACAGAGUUGCAAUGCUGGAGGAGUUGCAGAGAAUCUACACACUGCUGGGCAAGAAUUGGAAAGAGUGGUCUCCAGAAUGUGGUAUUGCCCUGGAAAGGGCAGGACAAGUUCUCCUUGCACACUACUCGUGGCUUGCCAAUGAUGCCUUUGAAAAAGGUUUGCAUCGAUAUUCUCUGGUGCAGAAGCACCACAAAUUGAAUCACCUUUUGGCACAAGCCCAUCAUAUCCAUCCAGCCAGCACAUGGUGCUAUGGCUCAGAGAGCUUUAUGGGCAUCAUAAAGCAGAUAUCAUCCAGCUGCACUUGGGGCACACCAGCUCACAAAGUGACUGGAAAGGUGCUGAUGAAAUUCAGGCUGGUCUUUCAUCUACUCCUCAAGGGGUACAGAAAUCUGGACAUCAUCGACUCUGCAGAAGAGUGA